AUCCACUUCUACCUGCUGGUCAACCUGUCUGUGGCCGACCUGGUCAUAUCUGGUAGGGCUUGUAAUCAUCAUCAUGCGGCUCUGUGUGACAUUAGAGAGAUGUAAUUGACCCAAGUUGUCGUGCUCCGUGCCUAGACACAUGAAUAGUGCCUAGACACAUGACCAGUGCCUAGACACAUUACCAGUGCCUAGACACAUGGCUAGUACCUAGACCCAUGACACAUGACCAGAGCCUAGACAAAGGACCAGUGCCUAGACACAUGACCAGUGCCUAGACACAUAUCCAGUGCCUAGACACAUGACCAGUCCCUAGACACAUGGCCAGAGCCUAGAUGCAUGACCAGAGCCUAGAGACGGUACCCAUGCCUAGAGACUUGUCCAAGGUCUAGACACAUGGCCAGUGACUGACACAUGAUCAGUAAUGUCAUGUCUAUUUAUUUGGUAUCAUGUAUUGGUUUAUUGAUGUCAUAUUUUUCACAUUUCAGUGAUUUCAUGUCUUGUUUCAGUGAUGUCAUAUCUUAUUUCAUUGGUUUCAUGUCUUGUGUUCUUGGACUUAUUAUUAAUACAAAUCUUUUUUUUUGUUUUAUUUGUUGUGGUAUGACCAAGAGCUUCCUUGCACACAUGCUACACAUUCCACAUAUGAAGUCUCCCUUGUUUAAACUUAUAAUGAUGCUAAUUCUGGUCGUCCGAUGCCUACAGGCUACAUCGUACCAUCCGUCGUGUUCGGUCUGAUCUAUGGCUACUACCCCGUCAUCAACGAGCUACACUGUGAACUCAACGGCUUCAUCUGCACGAUGGCGUUCAACGUGUCGCUUAAUUCCGUACUAACCAUUUCCGUCGACAGGUGAGAGAACAUGAUGGUGUAAGAUGGGAGGGGGGAGGGGGACGUGUGGAGGGCCUCAGGGGCGUUGCUUGGAAUCGGUCACUGGUGUUGCGGUGUUACGAUUGUAUUUGUGUUGAUGUAUGUAUUCUGUGAAGCUGGGAGGGGCGCGAUGGUGUGAUUGUAACAAUCUCAACAGACGACCGUUCAAACGGUGUACGCAUUGUUAUAAAAUAAAUCACGAGCGCGGCUAUGUCGCGCAGGCAUAGAUCUCCAAGAAGGUCCAAAGACGCCUGUGGGAUUUGACCCGAAACUUUCUGCCAGAGUAAUAGAACAAAAUACAAGAUUUCACGUUGACGCGAGCGUAGCUUGGGUCCCACAAAGCGAGUAUUGUUGAGAGUUCAGUGUACAUUAAAAAAAUAUGUGUUUUAUGCUCGGUUCGUAGGAUCGAAUUUUCGUUAGAUUUCUUUUUGAAAGUACUUUUCUGUUUCACUAAAUAGUGCGUUGAACAGGAAAUUCGACGAAAAUUUGACGCAAGUUUGACGAAAAUUUGAUCGUGUGAACUGAGCAUUACAAAUGACGAUUACAGAUAUUUGAAUACAUGUUCUAUGGUACGAAUCUUGACAGUCUGUUAUUUUGUGCUUGUGUGUUUAUUGAAAUCGUAAGGGUAAAAAGGGUGAAAAUGGUAUUUGAUUUUAAAUCAUGCAUGAAUCAGGGCAACCUACUUAUAUGAUUUCUCACCCACCCCCAACAAAUUCUUUCCAUUUUCCCUGGAAAACCGAACCCCCCAUCCCUGAUCAAAGAUAUUUGAACUUUUGCCACAAAGAGAUGGUCUCCCGGCUCUCCACCGAAACCAUCAUCACCAUCAUCUCGUGUGUCUGGGUUUUGUCGGGGAUACAGAUCCUCCCGGCCUGCGUGGGGCUGUCCCAGUUUCACUUUGACCCCAAGCUCCACUACUGCACC